AUGAAAAAGAUUAACACAACCAAUAAAUGUAUAAAUAUGAAAUUAAUUAAAGUACCUAAGUAUUUAGGAGAUUUAUUCAUAAAUAUGAGAAACGAUACUAAUAUCGGUACAUUAAAUACUGACAGUUCUCAACAAUUAGCUAUUAAGUUGAAUAAUUCACUUAAAGGAUCUGUUCCUAUGGAUCAUAGAGUUAUUAGAAAACAUAAAGAUAACACAGUUGUUGUUAACACUGAAUUAGACAUUGUAGGUACUAUUGAUGGUGAAAUCCAAAUACUCCCUGUCAUAAAUAAAGAAUAUCUUGAUUUUAAGAAAAAAAUUCAAUCAGCAGAAACAGACACAAAUCAAGCUAGAUUGGUCAACUAUUUUGAAGAAAUUAAGAAGGGAGACAGUUACGCCCGUAUCAAACAACAAGAACUGGACAACAAAGAAAGAAGAAAACUUAUGUAUGAAAAGAGGAGAGAAAGACUUGAAAGGUCUGAUGUGUUAAACUUAAUUUUCAAAGCGUAUGAAAAAAAUUCCUUCUGGACUGUUAAAGAUUUAGCUAAUUUUACAGGUCAACCAGUUGCUUAUAUUCAAGAACUCAUAACUGAAGUAGCUGAUUUAAACAAAAAUGAUCAUAAAAUUACUUACGGACUUAAACCUGAAUAUCAAUAA